AGCAGUUCUAACAUUCCAUCAAUAUCGACGAUUGAUUGGCCAUGGAAUGUCGAACACGGCUACAGCAACGAUCAUGAGAACCUCCUCUGAACGCAGAGCACCAAAACAUAAAGUAACGACGAGUCGACCACGAAAGAAAGCGGCUAGAGCGAGCUCUCCAUCAAGUACUCAGCCUUCGAGCAGCUCGAUCUCAACACCAAGACUCACGCCAGAUCCCACUUCAUGCGACCAAGCGUCACAGUCCAAGCGAUUCCUCACCAGCGAAGAAUCCGGCCGGGACUUCGUCGAGGCUAUGACAGCAGCGUCCGAUCGAUUCGAUGAAAUGGAGCAGAUGGCGCAGAUCUUGGGCGGCCCUGGAGGCGAUGAUUUACAAUUGUAUCGGAUGCAUGCUGAAUUGAUGCUUCGGGAGCCUGGGCAGCAUGAUGGAAUAAACCAUUGCGAGGAGUGCGUUCAUCGCGGUCCAGCAUCGCAUCGUGGACUCGCGCUGUCGGAACUGGAAAUGGAAAGGUUGAAGGCUUCUGGGUGGUCCGUUGCCAAUCGGCCUCAUCAAAAGGAUGUUGGUGCAGAGUGAGCGGAGGAACGAUACAGGCAUGCAGUGGCAGUUGUGAUGACUACAAUUUGGUGGUAUGGAAUGCUUAUAGCGCAAGUUUGGGUCGUGAGCGACUCAGUGUAGAUUGCGUCGCAAUGAUUACACUGUGUGGUCAAACUUAACAUCAAUCCGCUCACCAAGCAAAAUCACACAGCUGCGCGGCCC